AUGACAUUUUCUCAACAUAUUGCCCGCUUUCGGGAGAGGCGAGCUUGCGCCGAACCACUACCUACAGAAGUAGCGCCCUACACAUCAUCGACCUUCUUCAAGGCCAAGCAAUCUGGGUCCAAGAACAAGGCGCGGAGAUGGGAUCACCGCUUCAGUCUUGAAAGCGCCACCCACGAAUCAUCACCAUUGAAAUCCGCCUCCAGGAGCAAACAGACCAAGUUAAUCAGCCUGGGAACUGCCCGUCCGACGCCAGAGUACUAUCCGUGGAUGUCGAUGCAUAUGGAAACCCUCGAUACGCCUCUCGAAGGGAUGGCCAGCCAAUCAUCUCUCCCGCUCAUGUCCUGCACCAAAGGCGAAGACAGCUACGACUUUUCAGUCGCCAUGAACUACGGCUACUCGGCGGGGUCUCCGCAGUUAUUGCGUUUCAUCACCGAGCACGUGGAGAUGAUACACAAACCGCAGUACGACGACUGGGAAAGCUGCCUGACCUGUGGUACCACCUCGGCGCUAGAGAUUGCCUUUCGCAUGUUCUGCAACCGUGGCGAUGUCGUGCUCGUGGAGCAGUUCACAUAUCCUGGUACACUUGCCGCGAUGCGAGGUCAGGGGCUGCACGCGUUGGGAAUAGAAAUGGACAGCUUGGGUCUCGUUCCGAGCGAUCUCGAACAGAAGCUGGAAAGUUGGGACUGUACUGCAGGGCCAAAGCCCUUUGUGCUCUACACCAUCCCUACCGGCCAAAACCCAACAGGUACAACGCAAAGUGCAGCUCGACGGCGGCAAAUCUACGACAUUGCCGUAAAGCACAAUCUAUACAUCAUCGAGGACGACCCAUAUUACUUUCUUCAAAUGGGGAAUGACGGCUCUGGAUCGAAGUCACGGGGAUUGUCUGAGCUGGAUGAGUACAUGGCUCAACUGCCGCCAUCCUAUCUCUCGCUAGAUGUGAGCGGCCGAGUGCUUCGCAUGGACACGGCGUCCAAGAUCCUUGCCCCGGGCCUUCGUUGCGGCUGGGUCACAGGCUCCUCGCAAGUCGUGGACAAGUUCAUCGCGUACUCUGAAAUCAGCGUUCUGUCACCGAGCGGACCAUCACAGGUCAUGAUGUACAAGCUGCUGGACCAGUCCUGGGGCCAUGACGGGUUCAUCAGGUGGCUGGCAGCCCUGUCACAGAAAUAUCGCCAGAGGCGCGACACCAUGCUCAGAGCGCUUGAGAGGUUUCUUCCCAUGGAUGUGUGCAGCUGGGGGUGGCCCGAUUCAGGCAUGUUCCUGUGGGUUGUCAUCGACCUUGCGAAGCACCCGCAGCUACAUUGCGCGGAGACGGCAUCGCGGCCCCUGAAGCUAUGUCAGGAUGCAGAGGACAGGAUUUACCAGAAAUCGAUGGCCAAUGGGGUCUUGGUGAGUAAGGGUAGCUGGUUCUCGGUGGGCAAGCCUCAAGACAGGCAUGUGUCUUUCCGCCUCACCUUUGCGGCGGCUGCAAAGGGGGAGCUAGCACAUGCGAUUCGCACAUUUGCAGAGGCAGUCAAAUCAGAGUUUUCGAGUAACUAG